AUGGAUUCAAAUUAUCAUAACGUUUGCCACAGAGGAUGUAUGAUUGAUAUUAUUGAUCGGGAGUGGAUGAUGGAUGUACUUCCAAAUGAUGAUAUUACUAUUAUUUUACCAAAUGAUAAUUCAUCUAAAAAUCCAAUUCAAAAUACAUUGUCUCAACUCACGAAUAACCAUCCGAGCCUGGCAACUCAUCCUCUCUUUGUUGAAGAUGGAGUGGCUAUUGCUGAUAUGAAGGAUAAUUCAAUACUCGGAGAUAAUCACUUGCAAGGAAUUGAUAGACCACCAAGUGAAUUUGUUCAUCAUGUAAAUGAAUGGAAUGAUUUAAAUCUUUUCAGUUUACUGGAGAGACAAGACGAAACGGAUUAA